AUGGAGUUUAUUGACAGCGCACAGUAUUCCCCACAACAGCAACACAACUCAACAAUUUUGAAACCUAUGACGCCAACGACUUAUCCAAGUACUCCAAGUGCUGUUGUUCCGCCUCACUCUGGCAAUAGCAGCGGCUCUAGUAGUAGUGCGAAUGGCGGCGGUCAUCACCCAAGGCGAUCAGUCAGUGGUAUGGAUAUUCUAAAUGGACUUAAAAUUACAACCAAUACCCACCUUCAUCAUCACACUAAUAUCAAUAACAAUGAUACUAUACCCAAUACACCUGUACCAUCAUCAGCAACAACAACAACAACAACAACAACAACAACACCACCAUCAGCGUCAGUAGCAACAGAUAUCUUUACAACCAAUACGUCCUUUCAAAAUCAUUUUUCACCAAACCAUAUUGAAGAUUUCGAAAUAACAGAUCCAAUAGGCUAUGGGUCAUCAGCCAUUGUAUACAAAGCUAUCUACAAACCACUCGAUAAGCCUAUGGCACUAAAAGAGAUUGAUCUUGAUAAAUUUGAAAGAAAUCAAAUUGAUGAACUUCGAAGAGAGACAGCUUUAAUGGCUCUAUCAAAGCACCCUAACGUGCUUCGUGUUUAUGGUUCUUUCGUUCAUGGCUCUAAACUCUACAUUGUUACUCCUUUCCUUGCUGGUGGUUCUUGUCUAGAUAUCAUGAAAACUAAAUUUCCAGAGGGUAUGGAUGAGUCGAGUAUCGCAACCAUUUUGAAACAAACACUCGAAGGCCUCAUCUAUCUUCACAAGAACGGACAUAUUCACCGUGAUGUGAAAGCCGGUAAUUUACUGGUAAACAAUGACGACGGUACAGUCUUACUAGCUGAUUUUGGUGUGUCUUCUUCCUUGAUGGAAACAGGUGAGAAGGGUAUGCGAAAGACGUUUGUCGGUACGCCGUGCUGGAUGGCCCCUGAAGUCAUGGAACAAGAAGCGUACGACUACAAAGCAGACAUUUGGAGUUUCGGUAUCACUGCAUUAGAAUUGGCAACAGGGCAUGCGCCUUUUGCAAAAUAUCCACCACUCAAAGUGUUAAUGAUGACCUUGGCCAGCGAGCCGCCGACAUUAGAUAGGGAGCAUACGUACCAUAGGUAUUCAAAGACUUUCAAGGAUAUGAUCGAUAUGUGUUUAGUAAAGGACCCAACGAAGCGUCCAACGGCGGAUAAAUUAAUCUUGCAUCCAUUUUUUAAACAAGCAAAAAGGAAAGAGCAUUUAUUGAAAACAAUCUUGUCUGAUUUGCCGCCAUUGGAACAAAGACCCAGAAAAAGGUUACCUAAAAACCAUCUCAAUAACAAAACAGCUAUCAAACAGUUUGGUGAUAGCAGCCUUGCAAGAAACGAGGAAGAAAAUGACAAUGAUGAUGAAUGGAACUUUGACGACGAUGAAGAUACCAACAUAGAUGAAAACAAUAGAAGUGACUCACAUGCUCAAGAAAAUACGAAAUCGACUAUAAAGCCAAUCACCUCUUCUCGUCAACAACAAACAAAAAAACAUAUUUCAUUUGGUGAUGUGAUAGUCAAGGGAAACAGUAGCACUAGUAAUGAUAACAUGACCCAUCCAUCUGACAACUACAAUAACAAUAACAACAAUAAUACAACAACUACAGGAAUGAUGACAUCACCUUCCAUAUUGUCAGGUAGUACUCCACCUACCAUCAGGAAAUCAAGGUUCGUUAUCGAAGAGGCAGCUGCAGAUCCUUCUACAGCAACAGGCGUUGAGGAUGAGGAAAGGCAAUUACAGCUACAAAGUUCUUUGAGUAUGCACAAAAUGCCAAGUCAUGACAAUAUUUCUUCCAGCUCUACAUCUUCUGACCGUAUCGCUGCAACAAAACCAUCACGCUUUGAAGUAUCGUCGUCAAUGAUAUACCAAUCUGUUCCCUUAUCACGCGAUAGCUCGUCUUACUCUUCCACUUCAACCUCUACAACUACGGCAGCAGCUCCUAUACCGCCCAAUAACACGGCGGCAGCAGCAGCAGCCAUUCAUAUUGUAUCGUCCCCUCCCCUAUCUGUCACUAGAGAUAAAAAAGUGUCAGCAGUAGACGAUCAAUUGUUAAUGACGGCGGAUCAGCAUCAACAGCAACAGUCACGAAAAAUUGGACGCUUUGAACUAACAAGUAAUGCAAACAAUGAUCUCAUGUCAGUGACUAGUUCAAACGUUUCAAGACAUGGCAGCUUUUCGGACCAUAAUCAGUUCUCAUCUCCACAGUUACCCCCAAGUCAUCAUCAACCACAUCACCAUCAACAUUCUCAGUCUAUUUCCGUUUCCUCUUUAUCUUCCCAUCCUUUGCAUGGAUCUUUAUUGACAAAUCCUUAUUACCAAAUAGAAGAAUUGCUGCGCAUCAACGACUCUCAAAGGCAAUUAUUACAAGAUAUCUAUUCCAAUUUUAAUGCUGCUACAACAGCUUCCUUUGUAGCAAAAAAACCAUCCUCUAAUAUUCCUACUAAUACCGUUGCAGCUUCUAACAAUAAUGUGAACGAGGAAUUGUUGGCUACAAUCGAUCAUUUAGAAAAUUUGAUACAGCAAAGAGUCAAAGAAAAUGAUCUAUUGCGAAAAGAGAAUGAGGAUUUGAGAUACGAAUUGGAGAUACUCAAGCAAUGA